CAACUGACACAUAUAACAGUCUAAUUUGUCCAUCGUGCCCAUAAUGGCGGCAAAGACCGCUCUCGUUUUGAUUGCUGAUGGCUCGGAAGAAAUCGAGUUCGUAACGCCGCAGGAUGUCCUGAUUCGUGCUGGCUUCUUUGUCACGUCUGCUGGUGUAAACCUUGAACAUAACUACGCCACCUGCUCCCGCAAUGUCCGCAUUGUCCCGGACCACCUCUCGCUCUCGGCCUCCCUACCGUUUCGCGACAUCUUAAUCCUCCCCGGCGGCGGACCCGGUGCAGCCACCUUCGCAUCCUCACCGAUGGUUCGGGAUCUGAUCCGCGCGUACCGGGAGCAAGGAAGGUGGGUGGCGUUCAUCUGCGCGGCGACCACGGCGCUGGUGGCGAGUGCGGAGCACGACGGAGCGACGGGGGAUGGGGCGCGGAAAGUCAGGGUGACGAGUCAUCCUUCGGUGAAGGAGGCCAUUGUAAAGAGAGGAUGGGAUUAUGCGCCGGACAGCGAGAGGGUCGUCGUGGAUGGAAAGGUCAUUACAUCGAGAGGACCUGGCACUGCCAUGCUGUUCGCGCUGACGAUCGUGGAGCAAAUGCUCGGGAAGGAGACUAGAGAUGCUAUUACGGGGCCGAUGAUUUGCGCUGACACGCUAUGAUGGACGGGACGGCGAACAGGAGCAC